AUGUUCCUCCAUGUUGUUGGCCAUAACCAGAGGUUCAGGGUCAUUCACAAUACGUUCAGGAGAUCAAUGGAGACCAUCUCUAGGUACUUCAAGCAGUUGCUUUAUGCUGUUGGGGAGCUUAGAGGAGAGAUGAUCAGGAGACCAUCUGGCCAGACUCCACCCAAGAUUCACGGAAGCCCAAGAUGGUAUCCAUACUUCAAGGAUUGCAUUGGGGCAAUAGAUGGUACUCAUGUCACUGCCAGAGUUCCUAGGUCACAGUCUGCAGCAUACAGGAGGAGGAAGCACUACACAAGCCAGAAUGUGCUUGCUGCUGUUGACUUUGAUCUGAAGUUCACAUAUGUGCUGGCUGGCUGGGAGGGGUCAGCGCAUGAUGCUAACAUUCUCACCGACAACAUGAGUCGACCUGAUGGGAUCAACAUCCCCGACGGCAAGUUCUACCUUGGAGAUGUUGGCUAUGCAUGUCGGCCGGGUAUUCUUCCACCCUUCAGGAAAAUAAGACACUCCAGCCUUAGAGUAACUGUUGAGAGGGCAUUUGGAGCUCUGAAGAAUAGGUUUAAGAUCCUGGAUCAGAAGCCAUUCCACCCAUACUCCACUCAGGUUAAGCUAGUUCUUGCUUGUUGCAUUCUGCACAACUGGAUCCUCCAGUGGGGCUUUGAUGAACACGUGCCUGGCGAGGAAGAUGUCGAGCCUGACGAUGUUGUUAGCUCCGGCCAUGGUGUGGAGGCAUUUGACAAUGAUGUUUGGAAGAACAAAAGGUUAGAGUGGGCAGAGGCGAUGUGGCUUAACAGAGGUCAGUGCAGGAUUUGA